CUCCUUUCAGGGGCUUCUAAUGAAAUGGUGCUGCUGAACUCUAAAGAGACUCAGGCUGAGCUCGGCUGGACGUCAUACCCCCCCAAUGGAUGGGAGGAGAUAAGCGGCGUCGAUGAGAAGUACAAGCCCAUCCGCACGUACCAGGUGUGCAACGUGAUGGAGCCCACGCAGCAGAACAACUGGCUGCAGACCGGCUGGGUGACGCGGCGCGGCGGCCAACGCAUCUUCGUGGAGCUGCAGUUCACGUUGAGGGACUGCAACAGCAUCCCAGGCGUAGCGGGGACCUGCAAGGAGACGUUCAACCUCCUGUACGUGGAGACGGACAGAGACCUGGGGGGGGUGACCCGAGAGGACCGCUACACCAAGAUCGACACCAUCGCCGCCGACGAGAGCUUCACGCAGGGCGACCUGGGCGAGAGGAAGAUGAAGCUGAACACCGAGGUGCGGGAGAUCGGUCACCUGAACCGUAAGGGCUUCCACCUGGCCUUCCAGGACGUGGGCGCCUGCGUGGCCCUGGUGGCGGUGCGGGUGUACUACAAGCGCUGCCUGGCCACCGUGCAGAACCUGGCGGUGUUUCCCGACACGGUGGCCGAGGCGGCCUUCGCCACGCUGGUGGAGGUGCGCGGCGCCUGCGUCAACAACUCUGAGGUUGACACAGACAGCCCUCCCAGGAUGCAUUGCAGCGCCGAGGGGGAAUGGCUGGUGCCCAUUGGGAAGUGCAGCUGCAGCGCCGGCUACGAGGAGGGACACAGCAGCUGUGAAGCAUGUCCCCCCGGAGCCUACAAGAUGUCCUCCAGGCAGCAGGAGUGUUUCCCCUGCCCGGCCAACAGUGUGGCGGAGGAGGAGGGAUCCGUGGUGUGUGUGUGUGAGGAGGACCACUUCAGGACUCCCCUGGACACUCCCUCAGCACCGUGCACACGGCCCCCCUCCCCUCCGAGAGACCUGGUCUACAGCCUGAAGCAGUCCACGCUCAUCCUGGAGUGGGCGGCGCCGUCGGACACGGGCGGCCGGCUGGACCUGACCUACAGCGUGGGCUGCCGGCGGUGUCUCGGGAGGCAGUGUGAGCCGUGUGGGGCGAGCGUCGGCUUCGUGCCGCAGCAGGUCGGCCUGACGGAGAGGACGGUGACCCUGGUCAAUCUCCUCCCCAACACCAACUACACCUUCACCGUGGAGGCCUUGAACGGAGUGUCGGAGCUGUUGCCCAGCAAGAGGUUCUACACGCAGGUCAACGUGUCCACAAACCUUCCUGGUCUGAACGUCCUCAAUGUGGUGAAGCUCUCUUUGCUGCGUGAACACAAAUCCCACAAUGUUCGACUGCACUUGAACUGUGUGAUAAAGGCCAUCGAGGACGGCUUCAGGCUGCCGGCUCCAGUGAGCUGUCCCACACAUCUCCAUCAGCUGAUGCUGGACUGUUGGCAGAAGGAGAGGACGGAGCGGCCCAGCUUCAGCCAGAUCCACUCGGCCCUCAGCAAGAGCAUCCGCUCCCCCGACGGCAUCGGCUCCUCCACCCUGGCACGCAGGACCCUCAGUUCAUCCAUUACAUUAGCAGAAAGACCUCUCCCCUCCUUCCCGGCCUUUAACUCGGUGGGAGAGUGGCUGGACGCAGUGGACAUGGGACGCUACAAGGACAAUUUCACUGCGGCGGGAUACUGCUACUUGGAGUCUGUGGCACGAAUGACUGUACAAGACGUCCUGAGCCUGGGCAUCACUUCCCUGGAGCACCAGAAGCUGAUACUGGCGGCCAUCCAGACCCUCAGAGCCCAGGUCAUCCAGAUGCACGGCCGCGGUGUGCAGGUCUGA